AUUUUUAAAUGUUAAAAACAAUUAUUCUACUCAACGACUCAACUCGAAAAGUGAGGUUAUGUCUUAGUUGAAAAAGAGCUUUCAGUAGUGACAAAGCUAAAACGUAAUAGGUGAUAAGUGGAGGACAUUGACAGGACGGAACAAAAGAAGAAGUUACACAGAAAUGAGUACCCAAAAAGAUGUUAAAAAUUGCCACACACUACAUAGCGGCAUAUUCAACCCAACUCUUCGAAAAUGGCAAAGUCUCCAAACUGAGUUAGGCUCCGACAAUUUCAUGUACCCCAUUUUCAUUGUUGAAAACGAUUACGCUGUCCAACCUAUUGCCUCCAUGCCUGGAGUUUCCCGCUAUGGCAUUAACAAAUUAAAAGAUCAUUUGGGACCACUAGUUGAAAAGGGCUUAUCGUCAGUGCUCCUUUUCGGUGUGACCGAAAAACUCCCAAAAGACGACAUAGGUAGCCACGCCGACAGCCCCCAAAAUCCCGUAAUUCGGGCCCUCCCAAAGUUGAUCUCCUGGUUUCCUUCUCUGACGAUCGCUUGCGACGUUUGUCUUUGCCCUUACACCUCUCAUGGCCAUUGCGGAAUUUUAUUUCCGGACGGUUCUAUUAAUAACAUGGAAAGCAUAAAACGCAUUGCUGAGAUAGCAGCGUCGUAUGCCAAAGCGGGUGCCCAUAUUGUGGCCCCUUCAGACAUGAUGGAUGGCCGGAUUGGAGCAAUAAAAGACAAAUUAGCGGAAUGCCAAUUAAGACACAAAACUGCAGUGUUGUCUUACACGGCGAAAUUCGCGUCAGGCUUCUAUGGCCCCUUCAGAGACGCCGCUAAGUCGAAACCGGCUUUUGGCGAUAGGAAAUGUUACCAAUUGCCCCCAGGUAGUUCGGGAAUUGCUUUGCGUGCGGCCGCUAGGGAUGUAGCUGAGGGGGCUGACAUGCUUAUGGUGAAACCUGUAAUGAGCUACAUGGACGUUUUAAGGGACGUUAAAAGGGCUUACCCCGAGUAUCCAAUGUUCGUAUAUCAAGUCUCAGGAGAGUAUGCUAUGAUUUAUCACGCCGCGAAAGCAGGGGCCUUAGAUUUUAAAACAGCACUUUGCGAGAUUUUGGUGUCUUUGAGACGAGCAGGGGCUGAUGUAAUUAUUUCGUAUUAUACCCCCGUUGUUUUAGACUGGUUGCAAACGAAAAGUAAGCUGUGAAUUUAGCAUGACAUUAGCAAAAUUGUAAUUUUCAAAGUUAUUUGUUGCUUUUUUGGGAAAUAUAUUUUAUGUUGGUUA